CUUACGUAUUAAUGUGACCCAUGAGAUGCAGUGAUCAGUAGGGGGUAACAUUAUUUGGUUUCUCUGAAGUCCCACUCUUUUGGGCGUCGAGAGGGAUGCUCUUGGGGCUAGUGUUAAUAGUGGUCCUGGCUGCCAGCCAAGGACAUGCAGCAGGGAUUGCGGUUAACGGAACGGGCUUCAGCAGGAGGGUGCUGCGCCAACCUGGUGGCUUCGUGGUUCCGCUAAGGCAACGCGAGCAGCCAUCGUCGCGGAGGCACCUUCUGAGGAGCGGUGUCUUACCUGUGCAAGGCGCUGUGCGUGAAGUAGGGUACUUCUACACCACCUUGAAACUGGGGACGCCAGCGCGGACCUUUAGCGUGAUCAUCGACACCGGUAGCACUAUCACGUACAUACCCUGCAAAGGGUGUGCGCACUGUGGCAAGCACCAGGACGAAUGGUUUGACCCAGAUGCGUCGUCCACGGCUAAGAAGCUGGGAUGCAAGGACCCGCUGUGCAACUGCGGCUCACCCAGUUGCUGGUGCAAGGAGAGCCGCUGCUACUACUCCCGCACGUACGCGGAGAAGAGCAGCAGCGAGGGGUGGAUGAUUGAGGACGCGUUCGGUUUCCCGGACGACGAGCCGCCCGUGCGCAUGGUGUUUGGCUGCGAGAACGGCGAGACAGGCGAGAUCUACCGACAGAUGGCGGACGGCAUUAUGGGCAUGGGCAACAACAACAACGCAUUCCAGAGCCAGUUGGUUGCACGGGGCGUCAUUGAGGAUGUGUUUUCGCUGUGCUUCGGAUACCCCAAAGACGGGCUGCUGUUGCUAGGUGAUGUUGCAAUGCCCAACGGCUCUAGCACCAUCUACACCGAGCUGAAAACCAACACGUUUACGCACUACUACAACGUGAAGAUGGACAGCAUCACGGUGGACGGCCAGUCGCUAGGACUGGACCGGGCCAUGUUUGAUCGGGGCUACGGAGUGGUGCUGGACAGCGGCACCACCUUCACCUACCUGCCAACCGACGCCUUCAAGGCCAUGUCGGCAGCCAUCGGAAAGUACGCAGAGGCACAUGGACUCCAGCGCACGCCGGGAGCAGACCCGCAGUAUAACGACAUCUGCUGGAAGGGCGCUCGUGACGGCUUUCAGGGACUAGAGGAGUUCUUCCCGCCCGCGGAGUUUGUGUUCGCUGGCAACGCGCGCCUGACCCUGCCACCGCUGCGGUACCUGUUCCUGUCGCGCCCCUCGGAGUACUGCCUUGGCUUCUUUGACAACGGCGCUGCCGGCACGCUCAUCGGCGGCGUGAGCGUGCGUGAUGUUGUGGUAACGUAUGACCGCCGCAAGAGCCGCGUGGGCUUCACGGCCAUGCCAUGCGGCGAAGUGGCAUCAGCGCUGGAGGCCCGUGCUGCUGCCGCACCAGCCAACCAACCAGCAGCCAACGCACCCGCACCCGCUGCCGUACCAACGAACGCCACCGCUGGUCCCGCCGUCCUCCCACCGGCUAUCGUGGCCAAUGUUACAAAGGUGGAUAGUGAACCAAACGGCGAUCCCUCUUCUCCCCCCGCUCCACCAUAUCACGCGCAGUUGGCAACAGCCUCCUCUGGCAACUUCGGGACGAUUAUCAUUGUGGUGGUCUUAGCAGUAGUGCUGGCGGUGGUGGUUGCUGAGGUAGUAUUUUUCAGGCGCUCGAAGCUUAGAGAUUGGUUGGUGUCGCUGUGGCGGCCGUCGGAGCCGGGGGCGCAAGAUGCUUCGGAACUUACAUCUCUUGUCGCAGGGGAGAAAGUGGUGGUUGGGACCUCAACAGUUUGAACAUGUUCGGUUUGCACUUCACGCUCAAUUGUAUGGAUUUCGAGCCUUCCAUAAACUUUGGGCCCAUCUGGGUCCGUCUGAGCCUAAAUACGGAUCGUAUGUUGCGAUUUUCAACGGCUAGGUUGGCCUCUGUACAAAAGGUGCUGGCGUACGCAGCCGUACUGCUAUCUUGCGCCACCUCUUAACUCAAGCCAGUUGCUUACGAAGGACGUCUGACAA